AUGGCUGGGACAAAGGCACUUCUGACACUAGAAAACUUCAUUAAUGGAAAGUUUGUACCUUGUGACUCAUACAUCGAUUCUUAUGAUCCGUCCACGGGGGAAGUAUACUGCAGGGUGCCCAACAGUGGAAAAGAAGAGAUCGAAGCCGCAGUGGAGGCGGCCAGAGCAGCCUUUCCCGGCUGGUCGGCCCGCAGCGCCCAGGAGCGCUCACAGGUGCUGCACCGGCUGGCCGAUCUGCUGGAAAAAUCCCUGGAGGACCUGGCCCAGGCGGAAUCCAGAGACCAAGGGAAAACCAUCACGUUGGCAAGAACCAUGGACGUUCCCCGGUCUGUGCAGAACUUCCGGUUCUUCGCCUCCUCCAUCCUGCACCACACAUCGGAGUGCACGCAGAUGGACCACAUGGGCUGCCUGCACUACACGGUGCGCACCCCCGUGGGCGUCGCUGGUCUGAUCAGCCCCUGGAAUUUGCCACUCUACUUGCUGACCUGGAAGGUGGCUCCAGCCAUUGCUGCCGGCAACACUGUGAUAGCUAAGCCUAGCGAGCUGACGUCAGUGACUGCCUGGAUGAUGUGCAAACUCCUGGAGACAGCAGGUGUUCCACCAGGUGUGGUAAAUAUUGUGUUUGGGACGGGGCCCAGGGUAGGUGAGGCCCUAGUGUCCCAUCCAGAGGUACCCCUCAUUUCCUUCACGGGGAGCCAGCCCACAGCCGAGCGGAUCACUCAGCUGAGUGCUCCCCACUGCAAGAAGCUCUCUCUGGAGCUGGGGGGCAAGAAUCCCGCCAUCAUCUUUGAGGAUGCCAACCUGGAGGAGUGCAUUCCGACAACCGUCAAGUCCAGCUUUGCCAACCAGGGUGAAAUCUGCCUCUGUACCAGCAGAAUCUUUGUCCAGAGGAGCAUCUACAGUGAAUUUUUGAAGAAGUUUGUAGAAGCUACCAGAAUGUGGAAAGUUGGCAUUCCCUCCGAUCCAUUGGCCAGCAUGGGAGCUCUGAUAAGUAAAGCUCAUUUGGAAAAAGUCAGAAGUUACAUCAAGAAAGCCCGUGCUGAAGGGGCCCGGAUUCUGUGUGGUGAGGGCGUGGAUACACUGAAUCUCCCUGCCAGGAAUCAAGCAGGAUAUUUUAUGCUUCCCACAGUGAUAACAGACAUUAAGGAUGAAUCCUGCUGCAUGAAGGAAGAGAUAUUUGGUCCCGUGACAUGUGUCGUCCCCUUUGAUAGUGAGGAGGAAGUGAUUCAAAGAGCUAAUAACGUUAAAUACGGGCUGGCAGCCACAGUGUGGUCAAGCAACGUGGGCCGUGUCCACCGAGUGGCUAAGAAGCUGCAGUCAGGCUUGGUCUGGACCAACUGCUGGCUCAUCAGAGAGCUGAACCUCCCUUUCGGCGGGAUGAAGAGUUCUGGGAUAGGUAGAGAGGGAGCCAAAGACUCUUACGAAUUUUUCACUGAAAUAAAAACAAUCACCAUUAAACACUGACCUUGGCCAAUGGAGAAGCUGUCAGGGUCAAUGCUCGGCUGCAGGGAACCAGUCCUGAAGGGCGCGGAGCAGAUGCACCAGCAUAAGUUCUAGCCUCUUCUUGACUUAGUCGGUUUUCUCCACCUUAUCCUCAGUGGUUAGUAUUUUUACCUGCUGUUGAAGAGAUGCUGUCUGUUUUCACUGUGGAGUCAAAGAAGAGAAGACUUCUGAACAGGAAGGCACAAAAAGGGAGACAAGUAAUUGUCAAGUUCCUUCUAUGUUGUAUCUUCACUGUAUUUUUUUUUUCAUUGUUUUGAUUGGAUUCUUGGGAAUUUAAAGACAAUCAUUUUUUUUCGCUUCUUUUUUUUUUAAUUUGAGAGAGAGAGAGAGAGAGAAUG